AUGACGCAUGAUAUCGAGGCUGACAUUAAAUAUCUGUUUUAUCCCCUGGAUCCUAACGUCAGUGAUUUUCCCACUGAUAUUUUCUCUUUUGACUUUUCUUUCUUAAAAAUGCCAAACCGACGUCAAAAAAAGAAAGACUUUCAUAACACAGUAGUUCCUAUUUUUACUAGUGCACGCACUUAUACUCCUGAAAGUAUUUCUGAAGAAAGUACAAGCUCUGUGUUAAAUUCUGAUACCAGUACACCAAGGUCUGAAAUAGAACAAAAACUGGAUUUUUACAGGAAAAAAGCUGCAGUUUACAAUAUGGAAAAGUCUACACAAAACUGGAUGAAGAAGUACCAGGAACGUAGUAGAAC